CUCGGUGGGCGGGGCCUCUUCUGCUCCUUCGCUCUGUUGUUGUCCAGAUCGACACUAAAGGCUAACGGCUAACACAGAAACCGGACAGAUGUCGAUAAAACUCCGGGACACCGGGCGCAGCAAGCGCUGAGAACUGCGCACCUGUCAGCCGGACUCGUGUUUAGUACGAGUCGGCUCGGGUUGACCCGGGUUAGCUGUUCUGUUGCGGGCUUUAUGUCUGUUCUGCGGGAGGUUAGCCGUUAGCUUGUUUGCACUGAGGGAGCUGUUAGCUGUUACCCUGGAGCUAGCGGUCUUAUACAGCAGUCAGCUAACCGUUAGCCUUUGAUUUAUUCUUCUGAUAUAUUUAUCCUAAUCAGGGUUAUUUAUUUACCUCGGGUUUACAUUAUUUAUUCAGUGUUACGUGUUUGUUUCCGUAAUGUGUGUCUGUGUUCAGGCAACAGAGCUAACGUUAGCUGUUAGCUGAUGUCUUUGUCUGUGCUUCAUGAUGCUCCGUUAGCUCGGAUUCAGUAGAACCAUUACGGACCAGUCGAUCAGUAUAUUGAUCACCUCUGAUCAGUAUCGGGUCCGUUUACAGUUUAUUUCGUCAUCUGUCUCCGGGCAGAUUAAAGCUGUAGGUUGGACUGAUAUGCAGCUGUCAGCUCCUCCAGCUGUUUAGUGACCUUCAUCUUCAUCGCCAUCAUCUUCAUCAGAACAGCUGCUCCACACUCACAUCCGGGUCAUCAUGGCCUCUAGAGCAGCCGGAGUCUACCUGCUGCUGAUCACAGGAUGCAUUGCUGCUUCUCAGAGGAAUGACAACGUCUACGUGUCAGGGAUUUCAAAUGCAUGCGGAGAUGUGGCUGAGCUCCUGCUAGCCUCCAGCGGCGUCAUCACCAGCCCCGGUUGGCCUUUUCAAUAUCCAUCCAGACUGAACUGCAGCUGGAACAUUAGAGCCAGACCUGGAGACACCAUCACCAUCAGUUUUCAGGACUUCGACCUUCAGGGCUCCCAUCGCUGCUCCUCAGACUGGAUGUCCAUCAGCAGCUACAGGAGUCUGGACGGACUGAGGGUCUGUGGAUCCUCCAGACCGCCUCCUUACAUCUCCUCCCAGGAUCACGUCUGGAUCCACUUCCACUCUGAUGACACCCUGACAGGGAAGGGCUUCAGACUGUCCUACGUCACAGGGAGUCCAGAGGCAUCAAGCUGUGACGUGGACCAGUUCCACUGCUCCAAUGGGAAGUGCAUACCAAAGCCAUGGCGUUGUAACUCCAUGGAUGAGUGUGGAGAUAACUCCGACGAGGAGCUGUGUGUGGACUCACUUAUCUCCUUCCAGCCCUGCAGCUUCAACCAGUUCCCCUGUGUGUCCCGCUACACCCGGAUCUACACCUGUUUACCACACAGCCUGCGCUGCGACGGCAGCAUCGACUGCCAGGACUUGAGUGAUGAGGUGGACUGUGACGUUCCCACCUGUGGAGAAUGGCUCAGGAACUUCUACGGAUCCUUCAGUUCUCCAAACUAUCCAGACUUUUAUCCCCCGGGAAGUAACUGCACCUGGUUAAUUGACACCGGAGACCAUCGCAAGGUGAUCCUGAGGUUUACGGACUUCAAACUCGAUGGGACCGGAUAUGGGGACUAUGUGAAGAUAUACGAUGGUCUGGAGGAGAACCCUCGCCGUCUCCUCAGAGUUCUGACCGCCUUUGACUCCAGAGCACCACUAGCUGUUGUGACAUCAUCAGGUCAGCUGAGAGUUCACUUCUACGCCGACAAAAUCAAUGCUGCCAGAGGCUUCAACGCCACUUAUCAGGUGGACGGGUUCUGCCUGCCCUGGGAGGUUCCCUGUGGGGGGAACUGGGGAUGUUACACUGAGCAGCAGCGUUGUGAUGGGUACUGGCACUGUCCCAACGGCCGCGAUGAGCUAAACUGUUCUUCAUGUCAAGAAGACGAGUUCCCGUGUUCCAGAAACGGUGCCUGUUACCCUCGAUCGGACCGCUGUAACUACCAGAACCGCUGCCCCAACGGUUCUGAUGAAAAGAACUGCUUCUUCUGCCAACCAGGGAACUUCCAUUGCAAGAAUAACCGGUGUGUGUUUGAGUCGUGGGUGUGUGAUGCUCAGGACGACUGUGGAGACGGCAGUGAUGAGGAGAGCUGCCCGGUCAUCGUUCCCACCAGAGUCAUCACUGCCGCUGUCAUCGGCAGCCUCAUCUGUGGACUCCUAUUGGUCAUCGCCCUCGGCUGCACCUGCAAACUCUACUCGCUGCGCAUGUUCGAACGCAGGUCGUUCGAGACUCAGUUGUCCAGAGUGGAGGCGGAGCUCCUGAGGAGAGAAGCCCCACCCUCUUAUGGUCAGCUGAUCGCCCAGGGACUGAUCCCACCUGUGGAGGAUUUCCCAGUGUGCUCUGGGAGCCAGGCAUCAGUCCUGGAGAAUCUCCGUCUCGCCGUUCGCUCUCAGCUCGGCUUCACAUCUUUGAGGCUGCCGUCCUCUGGUCGCCAUAGUAACCUGUGGCGGCGUCUCUUUACCUUCUCACGGUCCCGGCGGUCCGGUUCUCUGGCUUUGGUCUCUGCAGACCUGGAGGACAGCGGCGGUACUGGGAGCACUGGGAGUUCUGGUUCAGACCUGCUGUCUCCGGACUCAGAUGACACUGACACGGAGGCUGAGCGUGGACGGGAACGCGGUGUUGGAGCUGUGGGCGGGCCUGUCGCUCCUCUGCCGCAGAAAACUCCACCCACCACUGCUGUGGAGGCUGUUGUUUCCGUGGCGACCACCACCACCACCUCUGACCGAGCCCGUGACAGAGAACGUCCCCGGCCACGAGAAGCCCUGUCCCCCACUGGCCCUGUCACCGUGGUGACCUCUGGUCUGGACGCUGAUGCUUCAGAGCUCCGGGCCCCGCCCCCCUCUGCCCUGCAGCGACUGGCCCACAACCUGCACCGCCUCGCCAGGAACCUGACCCGGACCAGCCAAAACCAGCAGGACCCGCAAACCUGGACCAGUCACAGUCCACUGCGGCAGUUGGAGACGGGAAGGGGUGGAGCUGAGGGUGGUGAGCGGCGAGGCAGUAGGGAAGAAGAGGAGGACGUGGAGCUGCUGAUCCCAGUCUCUGACUCGGAUUCCUCAUCGUCAUCCUCGUCGGUCGGAGAUGUCCGACAGCCGCUGCUGGAGCCCCGCCCCUCCUGUGCAGGCCAUACUCAUCGCCAUCACCGGGGAAACAGAGAUGGCCCCUGUGAACACUGUGGGAUGGUCCACACAGCGCAGAUCCCUGAUGCGUGCCUGGAGGCAACCGGAAAGGUUGGACCAGGACCAGAGAGCAGUGACGAUGAGCUACUGCUGCUCUGCUGACGAGCUAACUGGCUACGAGCUAACGGGCUAAUGGGCUAAUGGGCUAAUGGCUAACCUGCUGAGAUACCAAGCAUUAGCAUUACCUCUUUCCCACACUACAGACAAUAUACACUUACCAACACACUAAUGAGGACUGAAAUAUUCAUUUAAUGAUGAUCAAAAUCAUAACCCAUUGUAGUGUUUCCCACACCUGCUCAGCUUGAGGCUCAAAAAGAGUUUCCCAGGGAACCACACUCAUAAAACUUACAAAAAUAAACUGCCAUAAAAUUUACAUUUUUCACUGACCUCCAUCUUCAAACUAACAUUGAAUAAGUGCACUUUGCUGCUAAACCCACAUCAGGGACAAACCAUGAGUCAGGGAUGGGAAGAAUCUCCAUCACAACUGAAGAGAUGUUACGUCAGAUGAGACUAAGACGCAAAUCUAACUGAUGAGACUGAUGAGCACUGGUCGUAUCACACUAGUUACCAACUAACAGGUAAACUGUUUACAAACAGGUGAACAUAUUAGCUUAGCUAAUGUAUUCUGAAAAUUACUUUUUGAUUAAUGAGUAAGAUGAAAUUCACUGCUGUCUAAAGAAAACUCUUCUUCUCUUUCAAAUGGAAAAAUAAAUUCACACCGAAUAAAAACCAGUCCACAAACACAAAGGUACUUUAAUCUUAGAUUAGUAUUUAGUUUUUUUUAAUCCAGGUCCAAAAUGAUGCUGAAUUAAAUUAAAUGUUACACUAAGUAAAAACUCAUCAGAGCCUAAAUCCAGUUAUUAUUUGUCGAUUGUUUUUGUCUUAAACCUAUUGAAGUUCAAGGUUAAAGUUACUAUACAACCAAUCUGUUAUAAAUGAGGUUUAACCUUCUGUUCUCAUUCAAGGAGAGUCUUAAAUUUGCUGCAGUAAACCUUGAUUUAAUCCUGUUUAAAAAUGAACAUUAUUGGUGUAACUCAUACCUUUAAUGGAUGAUUGUGAUGAAGAUGAACCAAACAGUCACUUUAGUAGUUUCAGAUUUUUGUGAGAAGAGACCAUUCCCACUAACAUCAUGACUCGCAGUUUCCUCAUCAUUUCAGACACAUUUAGCCACACACUAAGACUCGUCAGUGUUCGCUCGUUAUCUCAGCAGGUUUUGGCCUCCAGUGAUGUCAAAGAUUAACUGACCAAUCAGAGGUUGCUGCCGGUCCGUCCGUUAAAUUUUCCCCUUCCAAAAUUGUUGACGGUACGAUGAUGGCGAUCGUCAUGUGACCAACGGUAUGACUCACCUGGAGUCACCUGACUGAACGUUUCAUCGAUCUGAUUGAUUACUGAUGAUCGAUUCACUGAAGCACAAACACUCUGUGACUCCUCCCCUUAGGUCAUAUGACCCCGUGGUUCUGCUCACGUUUCAGGUGUUUACAGGUAGGAGGCGGGGUUUACAGGUGGGCGUGGCUGAAACUGGUUCAGGACCACAUUGGUGUCUGUCUACCUUAACAGGUAUUUACUGGAUGAUGUCACAGCUCCGCCCCCUUCCUGAAGCCAUUCAGACUGUGUUUCUGAUCAGCUGACCUGCUGUGAGUGUGACAGUAUUUAUUACUCAUGAUGAUGAUGACGGUUGUUAUUAUUAAUAUUAAUAUUAUUGUUGUUGUGUUGGUUUGUUGUGUAGUUGUUUACCUGCAUGACUCAGCCGUUUGUUAGUUUUUCUUUGAGUCUGUAAAUUAAAUUGAAGAUUAAACGUUCACAUAAUUUCA